AUGGAGGCGUGGAUCGACAGAGGACAUGGUGUCCUAAGCUUCCGGUUGACGCAGGUACUUACCGGACAUGGCUGCUUUGGAAAGUACUUGUGUCGCAUAGGCCGGGAGCAAACAUCGGCGUGUCAUCACUGUGAUGGUGGUUUGGAGGAUACGGCGCGGCAUACGCUCGAAGAGUGUACUGCAUGGGCAGAGCCGCGUCGUGAACUCUUUGCAGUACUCGGCGGGAGUAACCUGUCACUGUUGACUGUUGUACGAGCUAUGGUCGACAGCGAGAGCGUAUGGGACGGAGUCGCUUCCUUUUGUGAACAAGUGAUGUUGGAAAAGGAAGCGGCUGAAAGGGAGAGAGAGGCGUCAAGUCCUCUCCCCUCUCGCCGUAGAUGCGCCGGUCGUCAGCGCCGUGAAGCGGCAGCCGAUCUGCGACCUCCAUGA